CCCCAUCCUUUGUAAGGAGGCUGAAUUGCAUAUAGGGUUUUUAAGUCUCCUGAAAGAGUUUCCUAGGGUUUACGCUGUGAAUAUUUUUGACGGGUGCAGCAGCUUAAGCGGCGAGAAGCUGAAGAGUUUUUCGCUGAAGGAGAUUUUCAAGCAAAAAUGGCGGACGGUAAGGCUGUUACAGUGAGAACGCGGAAGUUUAUGACCAAUAGACUUCUCGCAAGGAAGCAGUUUGUUAUUGAUGUUUUACAUCCAGGAAGACCAAACGUGUCGAAGGUUGAGCUUAAGGAUAAGUUGGCAAAGCUUUACGAAGUGAGAGAUCCCCAAACUAUUUUUGUGUUUGGGUUCAGAACCCAAUUUGGGGGAGGGAAAUCUACAGGCUUUGGGCUGAUUUAUGAUAGCCUGGAUAGUGCGAAAAAGUAUGAGCCGAAGUACAGGCUUAUUAGAAAUGGGCUCGCUACUAAGGUGGAGAAGUCUAGGAAGCAAUUGAAAGAGAGGAAGAACAGAUCUAAGAAGAUACGUGGAGUCAAGAAGACUAAGGCAGGAGAUGCAGCAAAGAAGAAGAAAUAAAUCAGCAACUAGCAAUAUUAAGUAGUUUUGAUACUUUUAUUCAGAUUUUGAGAUGUAAAAACCCAUGAGGAAAUAUGUUAAAGGUUCGAGCAUGUUAAUUGCAAUUUAGGAGUGGAUUCUGUAUGUGAACUAAAUUUUUUUGAAGUCACGUUUCAUAUUUUGUUUGUUUAGUUCAUUAGUUGUUAAGUUUUUAAUGCAAUCUAAAUUUGUUUCUCUA